CCAUAGAUUCACGAAAACACACUGACAACUCUCUAAUUUUUUUCAUUUCAGACCUUUCGAGUGAACAAUCGUUAAACUUUGUGAUUUGAAUUAUGUACAGAAUAUUUAUUGUGAGUUUCUCAUAGCGAUGGCGGGUGCUCGAAAGUUGCAAGCCGAAAUCGACAGAUGCCUGAAAAAGGUGACGGAAGGUGUUGAAAAAUUUGAGGAAACCUGGACAAAAGUCCACAACGCGUCAAAUCAGAAUCAGAAGUUACAGGAAAAGUACGAGGAGGAUCUCAAGAAGGAGAUUAAGAAGCUUCAGAGAUUACGAGAUCAGAUAAAAUCAUGGCUAACCUCAGGAGAAAUCAAGGACAAGACGAUUCUCUUGGAGAACAGGAAACUAAUAGAAACGCAAAUGGAGAGGUUCAAAGUAGUGGAGCGCGAGACGAAAACGAAAGCGUACAGCAAAGAAGGAUUAACGGCGUCAAUGCGUCUGGAUCCUGCAGAACGAGAACGAGCUGAAGUAAUUCAGUGGCUCAACUCCUGUAUAGAAACCCUAAACAUCCAGGUUGAUCAAUUUGAAGCUGAGAUAGAAUCCUUGAAUUGUGGAGGAAAGAGGAAAAAAGGAAGAAAUGAGGAUAAUGCAAGACUGGAAGAAUGUCAGAUGUGGGUUGAGAAACAUCGAGACCAUAUUCAGAAGCUGGAAACCCUGCUCAGGAUGCUGGAUAAUACCCAGGUUGAAUCUGGUGUGAUACGGGAUAUUAAGGAGGACAUCAACGACUAUAUAGAGAACAGUCAGGAGCCAGAUUUCGUGGAGAACGAGUAUAUUUACGACGAUAUCGAGGGACUAGAGGAAAUGCUGUUAGACGUAAGUAAUCUUGAUAUUGGUGCCCCUGAGCAUACCUCUGUUGAUGCUAGUGAGACAGCUAGCUCUACAAACUCAGUGUCAGGGAACUCACCUAUUCUAGGACAGCCAGUUUACUCCAACCAUAAUCAUUCCAGUGAUACAGUGUCUGGGCUGGGUAUGGCCCCGGAGGAGUUAAAACGAAGACAUCGAAGCUCGCAGAGUGAUGACAGCAAAUCUAGUAAGAAGGGAGGAUCUACAGUUCUUCCUCCUUCCUCACCCCUUCCUACGCAGGGCAAUAAGGUGUCUAGUACGCCGAUUAAGUCAUCAUCUCAGAACAUGUUUUCUCUCAGUCAAUCUCCGAACAACACGAGUCCGAGCUCAGGAUUGCAAGGUGUAACACAGUCUCAUGCCCUCAACCCAUCCUUAGCCUCGUAUCCAAACUAUCUACGACGUAGCCAACCCAACCUAACCAACCCUAGUGGGCAGAUAAUACCCAACUUUGCUGCUGUUACCGCUCAACACAAUGGUCAUCCUGCAUGCUCCGCCCCCCUAGACACCCAGGAGGCAGAAAUAUCUACUCCGCCCCCAGACCGGCCUGCACCACAUAGUCCUACGGGGAGUGGGCGGAGCGUGGAAUUGGGCGGAGCUCCCGGGCUACCAGCACCUGGCUCCUAUCCUCACCCGUCGCAAGGUGUACGGGAUGUACCUAGUUCUCAGUUCAAUGGCGGAACAUUACACAAUUUACAAACUUCCAAAGAAUUGCCAGAAUCCUUAUCCUCCCUUAAAUCUCUUGCGCAGCAAGCUCUCUCAAGUGGAAGUUUAAUUGCUGACAGCAAUAGCAGUCAAUCAGGUCAUCUUGGAUUGAUUGGUGGGUUUGGUGUGCUAGAUGAGAUUGGCAGAUCUGGAUUAAAAACUGAGGCUCAUAUACCGCCUCUACUGGGGGUAGCGCCACUUGGUCCAGUUCCUCUUAACAAGGAUCAUCAAUUUCAGUACAAUAUGCUAGAGGCAGCUUGUCACCAUCUCCCACAUCCUUCGGACAGUGAGAGAUUAAGACCUUAUCUACCCAGGACACCUGUUAAUACACCUUCACAUUAUCCACAGGCCCCGCCCCCCGGCAUUGAUACGAUAGACUUUUUCACGAGAUUGUCUACGGAAACCUUGUUCUUUAUCUUCUACUAUAUGGAGGGGACGAAAGCGCAGUAUCUGGCAGCAAAGGCCUUAAAAAAGCAAUCUUGGAGGUUCCACACGAAGUACAUGAUGUGGUUUCAGAGACAUGAGGAGCCCAAGAUCAUUAACGAUGAAUAUGAGCAGGGAACCUAUAUCUACUUUGAUUACGAGAAGUGGGGACAGCGGAAAAAGGAGGGGUUCACUUUCGAGUACAGGUUUCUAGAGGACCGGGAUCUCAACUGACGCAAAUACGCAGUUGACGCUGCUCAUUUCACGCAGGUUAUGCUGUGUGUUUGACGCAGUUUGAACUGACCGGCGUAACUGCCAGCAUUUCAUAACACAGUGACGCAUCUCAUUACGCAAUUCUCUGCGUCACCGCGGCCGUGAUAUGUGUUAACUACAGCGGAAUUCCCAUAUAAAUAUUCCUGUAUUAACAAGUAUCAGGAUUGUGUUCCGUGCCCUGAAAAUAGGUUCUUCCACACUGCCCGUGUUCAGUAAACCCCUUCAAGUCUCAUCUCAUCAUCUUCAACAGUUCAUAGAGUACAUUCAGUACAAAACCAGUUUCACCGACAUCUUGGAACCGACUCUAGAAGAAGAACAAGUGAUUAAUCUCCGAAUGGAUUUUUUGGGCGAGUCAGGCAUCUCACAACAACAUGAUUUUUAGCCUUCCUUCUCCUCUCUUCUCAUUUUAUCCAAACUCAACAGUUCCUGGAGAGAUUUUUAUCUAAUUUUCUGCCAUUUUUUUAAUAUCCAACCUCAAAACACGUCUUUCCGACAUUUUUGUUUCUAUUUCGAAAUCCAGAUGGGUUGAAGCCCUUUCAGUAUUAAGAGGUUUCGUUUUAACUGUUGCUCGGCAGGAUUUAUGCAGAUCUUUCUUCUUAAUUUUGAUAAUUCCUGCUGUGCUUCCUAAAUCUGUUGGUUGAAUUCAUAAUUACUAUGUAUAAAAAAACAAUGUGAUAAUUACUUCCCCAUGAUUAUGAUCCAGAGGCUCAAAAAAAGGAUUAACCCUGUUCCCGCCUAAUUAUAAUUAUUUUAAAUAAUAUUUAAGAAAACACCUUUUUCUGAGCUUAGUCGGAGGAUUUUGAUAUUGUUCUACUUGGCUGUGGAGUUUGGACGGUGUUACACCGUACCUUGCUCAUUUUCCCGGACUUGAUACAACCUUGCCCCCCCCCCCUCCAUUUUUUACAAUAUGUGUUUGUGAAGAAUAUAUUGCUUUUGUUACUUAAGCAUUUUCCCUGUCCCCAAACUUGUGAUUUAUCAUAACCAGUACUUAUUUCUGCCGCCAGGGGCUCCAAGGUUGUUUGUUUACGUUUAGACCCGGUUUCUGAUUACCAAUAUAACCGAGUUUUACUUGUAGUUGUAUUGCUAAUCAAACCCGGUUCCGUACUGCAAGUACAAAUGCGAGAGAUCGCGCACGUGAAGCAUUUUAAUCUCUCGCUGCUGGAGAGGGUAGGGACAAGGGAAUUAAGAUAUUCCAGGUUUUAUUGGGACAUCUCCCCCCUCUCCCCCUCCGGCUGCAGUCCUUCUCCCCUCCUCUCACUCAUUAAUAUAGAAUUUUUUAUAUGGGAAUAAAGUCUGUGUAUGCAUAUUUUA